GGAAUUUGAACUCUCCGUUAACCAAAUUGGGUUCGCAAUAACGUCGGCCCUAGAGACCAGAGCUGCUGUGUUCGAAUAAAUGGAGGAGGAGGGCAUCCUCGCACAACCUGAUCCCAUUCAUAUGGCUUCACACGUCAGGGCGAUCUUGAAGAGCUGCCUUGUUGAGAUGGAGCAUGAUUACAUCAGUCUGGAUUUAGAAAAGGAAUUGGAGUCCAGUAUGAAGGCACUAUCGAGAUACAUUCAAUGGGGCUUCCUUCCCCUGAAUGGGGAUAUUGAUGCCCAAGACAUAUUUCAAAUGAUUUUAAAUGCUCUAUUCCAGCUCCGUGCCUCCGCUAUCAUACCCACGUUCAUUUCAAUUUCUCACUUACAUGCAACCGCAGGCCACCAGACACUGCUAAGGGCUAUGCCCCUUGUUGUUCUUGUGAUGCAGUUCCGCUUUAAAGAAGCCUCUAUAUGGUUAUCCAGCAAUCGCCAAGAUUUAUUUGAACCUAAUGUUUCGUAUUGGGACACGGAGUUUCUCUACGUAGCGUUGAUGUUUUAUCCAAGGAGGAUGGAGGAAACAAUGAGUUACAUUGUCUUAUAUGUCAGAAGCAAUGCAGAUUUAAGAACCGCUCAGUUGAAGGAUCUCAUCUCGUUGAUAUACGUCCUUGACAUAGUCUCGGACGAUCAAUAUGUUUCUGAAGUGAAUAAAAAAGUUGCAAGCCUUUUUGACAAAGUGUGGAAGUCGUUCUUUCAAGAAAAUGGCAUCCCUUGGACUGAGUUACCGUCCCGUGCCCUUUUGGAUGAGGAUCUGGAUAUGAUUAAUUUAGAUAUGAUUAAUUUGGGUUUCCCUUUGGUGGGUGAUGGGCAUUUUGAUGUCCACACAAAAUUGGGAAUGAUUUUAAAUGCUCUUUACCAGCUACGAGCCUUCCAUAUCAUACCCGCGUUCAUUCAACAUUCUGCCUUACAGCAAACUGAAGGCCACAUGACGCUUCCCUUCAUUGCACUCAUGAAGGAGUGCAUGCUAAGGGAAGCCUCUAUGUGGUUAUCCAGCAAUCGCCCAGGUUUAUUUGGACCUACCGUUCCCUUCUGGGACACGCAGCAUCUCUACUUAGCCUUUAUGCUGUAUCAAAGGAGGGAGAAGGUUGAAACUGUGCGAGAGCUUGAAGAUCAGAUCGGAGCGGAUAAUUAUUCAAUAACCCGCGCUGAGAUAGGGGAUUUCCAGUCGUUGGUGUGCCUCAUGGGCAUAGAGUCUGAAUUUGGCAGAAACAUGCGGUUUUAUUUUUGGCUUUAAUUCUUUAAUGUUAAAUGUUGGAUUGAAUUAAAUUAAUUUCUUCUUCAUUCCAUCUAUGCUUAUAUCUGUUUGUUUGCCAAGCUAAGCAAGCUCCCAUGCGCUCCAUUCCCACUUGUUGGAGUAUUAUUUGUAUUUUUUUCCUGGCAUUUGCUCGCUUUUUUCCUAGCAUUUGCUCCAUUGUUUAAUCCUUUCUUUAGAAAAGUCAAAUUCGACUCUUUUCAGUCAAAUUUGACAAACUUUACGUUUCAAUUACUCCCAAUUUUCAUUGCAUAUUAAUUCUACGGAAUACAAUUUUUAAAGUUCCCAAUAUGAUAAAUCUAAUAAUACCGUUUUUAAUUUUUUAUACUAAAAUACAUUAUGGCUU